AUGGGGGCUUGCCUGGCUACGCCGACGGGAGACGGCGCCUUGAUUCCGUCGAAUGUAGCGGAGAGGAUCUUGGAGGACCGCCGCUUCCUGCAGUCGGUGACGCGCAUGGAGAAGCUCAGGUCCGGACGCAAGGCGUUCGUCGAGCAAGGCAGUGAAGCCCUCCCGCCGGGGCGCAGCUCGCGCGCCCCGGGGGACGACGACGUCUCCUCGGACCACACCUGCUCCGACGCCAUCCCGAAGAUCGCCCAGCUGGCCACCAAGGUGUCGAUGCCGGAGGACAUGACAGCUGGCAAGGAGCAGGGCCUCGUGCUGCCGCUGUGCGAGGCCACGCUCGAGGUGCUGCACUUCAACAACGUCGUCUCACAGCAGCUGCUGGCCUUCCCGAACAAGCCCGACUCCCCGGCCAACCCUCUCGGCUGGAUCGUAAACCACGCCUCACACGCCAACCUCGCGGCCCUGGCCGCGGCGCCGGCGGCCAACAUCAUUGCGGACGGGCUCGACGGGUUCGACGAGGACCCGGGCCACACGCUCAGGAACGCGGACGCGAACCGGACCUGCCCGGGCGACGCGGAGGCCGCUCCCGCGCACAGGCGCUGUUCGGCCGACAGCGACCUCGUGCGCCUCGCGCGGGCGCACCAGUCCGUCUCCGUGACGCUCCAGAACAAGCGCGCGCAGGAGAUGGCGCGGCAGCGCUGGGCGGAGCUCCAGGCCACCCUCCCGCAGCAGUGCGGCGGGCGGCCCGGGUGUCAGGUGCCGCCGCCUCCGGUGCGGUACUCGAUCCACGACCCGCAGCCGAUGGCGCACACGAACACGCCGGACGAGGACGACGCCGCCGAGCGCGCGGAGGCCGAGGAGGCCCCGCGGGACGACGCAUGUGUGCUGUUGUAG